CGCCUGCGCCCGCCAUGGCCCGCCUGACGGAGAGCGAGGCGCGCCGGCAGCAGCAGCAGCUCCUGCAGACGCGGCCCUCGCCCGUGGGCAGCAGCGGGCCCGAGCCCCCCGGGGGGCAGCCCGACGGCAUGAAGGACCUGGACGCCAUCAAGCUCUUCGUGGGCCAGAUCCCGCGCAACCUGGACGAGAAGGACCUCAAGCCGCUCUUCGAGCAGUUCGGCCGCAUCUACGAGCUCACGGUGCUCAAAGACCCCUACACGGGCAUGCACAAAGGCUGUGCCUUUCUCACCUAUUGUGCCAGGGACUCUGCCAUCAAAGCUCAGACUGCCCUGCACGAACAGAAGACCUUGCCCGGGAUGGCGCGGCCAAUCCAGGUGAAGCCGGCGGACAGCGAAAGCCGCGGAGGUAGAGACCGGAAGCUGUUCGUGGGGAUGCUGAACAAGCAGCAGUCGGAGGAGGACGUGCUGCGGCUGUUCCAGCCCUUUGGGGUCAUCGACGAGUGCACCGUGCUGCGCGGGCCUGACGGCAGCAGCAAAGGCUGUGCCUUUGUGAAGUUCUCCUCCCACACCGAGGCCCAGGCAGCCAUCCAUGCCCUGCACGGCAGCCAGACCAUGCCGGGUGCCUCCUCCAGCCUGGUUGUCAAGUUCGCUGACACGGACAAGGAGCGGACCCUGCGGCGAAUGCAGCAGAUGGUGGGGCAGCUGGGCAUCCUGACGCCAUCCCUCACCCUGCCCUUCAGCCCCUACAGUGCCUACGCCCAGGCUCUCAUGCAGCAGCAGACAACGGUCCUGUCCACGUCGGGCAGCUACCUGAGCCCUGGCGUGGCCUUCUCACCCUGCCAUAUCCAGCAGAUUGGCGCCGUCAGCCUUAACGGGCUGCCUGCCACGCCCAUCGCCCCUGCCUCUGGACUGCACUCACCCCCGCUGCUUGGCACCACUGCCGUGCCCGGGCUUGUGGCUCCCAUCACCAAUGGCUUCGCAGGGGUUGUGCCCUUCCCUGGGGGGCACCCUGCCCUAGAGACCGUGUAUGCCAAUGGCCUUGUGCCCUACCCAGCUCAGAGCCCGACCGUAGCCGAGACCCUCCAUCCCGCCUUCUCCGGAGUCCAGCAGUACACAGCCAUGUACCCCACCGCGGCCAUCACGCCCAUCGCGCACAGCGUCCCCCAGCCGCCGCCCCUCCUGCAGCAGCAGCAGCGAGAAGGUCCCGAAGGCUGUAACCUGUUUAUCUACCACCUCCCCCAGGAGUUUGGAGACACGGAGCUGACGCAGAUGUUCCUGCCCUUCGGCAAUAUCAUCUCCUCCAAGGUGUUUAUGGAUCGGGCCACCAACCAGAGCAAAUGUUUUGGCUUCGUGAGCUUUGACAACCCAGCCAGCGCGCAGACCGCCAUCCAGGCCAUGAACGGCUUUCAGAUCGGCAUGAAGAGGCUCAAGGUGCAGCUGAAGCGGCCCAAAGACCCGGGACACCCCUACUGACCGCGCCCACAGCCGCCCGGAGGCUGCGGGCCUGGCCCAGCGCCGUGGUCAUCAAAGCGCCAUGCCUGGGGUCUGGCGCCAAGUAGGUGCUCAGUUAGGGGCUGGGCAUGCUUUUCCGACUGUCAAAUCAGCACCCCCAGAUUCGUGGGUAUCCGGUCCCGGGAUCAGACGACUAAUGCCCCAAGCACCUGAACGCUCUGGGACGACAGCAAGUCCUUACUGAGCACCUACUAAGCGCUAGGCGUUCUUCCCCGCGCUUGGGGCCACUCCCCAGUGGUGAAUGACCGGACACGGGGCGGGGCUUGGGAGGCAGAGCUGCCCCCGUGGAGCUUCAGCGGCAGCGAGGGGGCAGGGGAGACAAGAAUAAACACAACUCUUGGCCCCAGGUUGCGGGAGGAAAUGGGCUCAGCGGCCCCAAGUCCCUUCCCAGGCGGUUUGUUGGCCUCCGGAUCUGGAAAUGGACUCUCUGUAAAAGGACAGGGACCCUUGGGUUCCCAGAACCCAGCCUGGCCAGGGCAGGGGGGUGUAGGUGGGAGGCGAUGUCGUAGGCCCCCCAUCACCGCACCCUAACGCCCCUCCCUUCUCCGCCAGGUGAGGGGCCUUCCCACCCCAGGAGGGCUUCCCGCUUCCAACCGAUCCCGGACUUUUCCGUAAAUUACAACCGAGUUUGGACACCAGCCCUCCCUCUCCUCUCCCGUCUCCCCUUGCCCACCCUCCUUAAUGUGAAACACUACAAAGGCCACAUGGGGCGGGGAGGGAGCUUUGUGAUCUGCCCCAGUGCUGGGGGGAGGGGGCUUCUGAGUUGGGAGCCAGGAGGUUCACUGCCCCCUCCUUGGUGGCUCCCAAAGUAAAUCACGACUUUUCCUAUAUAUAUAUAUGCAUAUAUAUAUAGAGCUAUAGACAGUAUAUAUAUUUUUUGAGUAUAGAUCAUGGGACCAAACUUUUCCGACUUCCUUCCAUCCAAGAGAAGGUGACCCUGGCCCGGUCACUCAGCAGGGACAUAAGAAAGGCUGAGGAUGACCGGGCCGCCCAGUGUCUCCCCAUCUCCCGCUGUCCUGUCAGACCAGGGCGCCAAGAAGCACUGGGAAUCAGCCGUCAACGCGAUACACCUCCAGGACUCUGGGCCCCGCUGCCGACGGCUCUCGCAGGCCUUUGGGCUCAGCCAGCUCGAGUGUCCCUGGUCUUAGCUGCAGCUUCCGGACCCCCUAACCCCUCCCUCACCCCAGGGCCCUGCCUUCCCCAACGUAGGCACAAAAGAGACCCCCACCUUCUCCCCCCACCCCACCCCCGUCAUAGCCUUACUCAUGUGACCAAUAGCCCUUAGCUUUCCGUCAGGGGCAGACAGGGGCCGGGGAGCCCCCCACCCCUCCUGCCCCCUCCCAAGGGCAGGCAGCCACCCUCCCUGCCUUCGGAUCACCAGCCUGGAGUUCACGAUCUCAUGACCAAGAUUGCCAAGCGCGUUGGACAAGCCAACCUGCACCGUCCCAGCACCCCUUUACCAGAAAUACCUCUACAGAUAUUUUUUUUUUUAAUUUUGGUCUUUCUGAGCAGAUACAAAGAAGAAAAGAGAACAAAACGGGGAAAAAAAUCAGAUGACUGGAUUUUUGUUCCCUAGUCGGGGCGGGGAGGGAAGUCCUUCCGGGGCAUCUCUGUAUAGCUACUCAAACCGUGAAAACCCACUUUGAAGCACAGAGUCAAGUUCGUUGGACGUCAUUGGGGCCUCUUGCCAAGUGAGGCGCCGAAGGACUUAAUAAGCUCAAGAAAAAAAAUUUGUAAAGAAAAAAAAAACAGCAUUCCCUUUUGUUUCUACCAAAAUGUGUUGACUGACCCAGAAAAA